UGUAAGGGAGAUGGUCUGCUUGUCUGUCUCAGGGGCUGGGUUUCUCUUUUAUCCAACAAGAGGAAAAAAGAUAGUUUCAAGCAUGACGAGACAAAGACACUGAGAGAAAUCUGACAGAUGAUGAUUUAAAAACUUUCAGAACUUGCCAUGGCCAUAAGGGAGCUUAAAGUUUGUCUUUUAGGGGACACUGGAGUUGGGAAAUCUAGCAUCGUUUGCCGAUUCGUCCAGGAUCAUUUUGACCACAACAUAAGUCCAACAAUAGGAGCAUCAUUCCUCACUAAAACAGUACCAUGUGGAAACGAACUACAUAAAUUUCUGAUCUGGGAUACGGCCGGACAGGAGAGGUUCCACUCAUUAGCUCCUAUGUACUACAGAGGAUCGGCAGCUGCUGUCAUAGUCUAUGACAUUACUAAACUGGACUCAUUCCAGACACUGAAGAAGUGGGUGAAGGAGCUGAAAGAGCACGGUCCUGAGGACAUUGUUGUAGCCAUCGCAGGGAACAAGAAUGAUUUAGGAGACAUCAGGGAAGUUCCAAUGAAGGAAGCAAAGGAGUUUGCUGAAUCAAUUGCCGCUAUUUUCAUCGAGACUAGUGCCAGAAAUGCUGUCAAUGUAGAGGAGCUUUUUCAGAAAAUCAGUAAACAGAUUCCCCCCCUGGACAACCCUGAGGUGGAAAGCAAUGAGUCCUUUAAACUCACCCGGCAGCCCACUCCAUCUACCAGGAGAUGCUGCUAGUACCGGCCAUGUCUGAUGUGAUUACCUCCUUCAGCACCAGGGACCCCACAGCACAGCACACCGUCCACAAUGAACCCAGUGUCUCACUGCAGGGAAAAGAGCAAACAGUGGGCAGACAGAGGUUAGCUUGCACGUGUGGUCACCUGCAAUAUGAAACAAAGAAAGUACCAUCAGUAUCACGUGUAUCAUUGCACAUUAAUGUCAUUUUAGUGUAGUAGUCUUAACCCAGAUCAGGUCAUAAGCCUGCAGUUUGUUGCCAUCAGGUGGAGGUUUGGUGAACUACACCAAGAUUUCUGUCUGCAGUAUAAUUCAUUGCUCUUUAAGAAAGUGUGGUUUUAUACCAUAAUUUAGAAACGUUAAAAUUCAGCACACAUUAACAGCUAGUGAUCUGAUAUAUGCUCAUGUGCAUUUUUAAACAGGUUUGAAUGCAAACACAUUUCAUUGCACUGUCUCUUUAAAGGCACACAUUAAAUGGUAGGUUUUUUUACUAUUAUUUUUUAAGGCUACACUUCUCAUGGAGCUCUUAUGUACAUGUAUGUAUCACUCAUGUUUAGAGUAUUUGAUGAAAGGUUGUUGAGUCUAAACUUAAGAAAAGAAUUCAGUUCUUUAUCUUAAAUGCAGCACCUUUACAUUCCUUUGCAUCAUGUGUUUUCAAGCACAUUUGCUGUUUAAUGGUUGAACUGUAAUAAUGAAUAUGUAACAGCUGAGAGGCCUAAAUCGCAAUUUAGGUGUGACACCCUGAUCGGAAACACUGUGACCAAUACUGGAGAUGUUUACAAGGUGUUUUGUAAAAGUUGUUUUUCUACAUGCUGAAGAGUAUUGUCACAUAUUUCAACACAGGGAAUGACUGAAUACAACUGCCAGACAUAUAGUUUUAUUUCUUUUUAAAACAUUUGUACUGUUUCAUAACCAAGUCCCUGAUUUGACAGUAUUUGCUUUUUAAGGUGCCUUUUUCCAGUUGAAAGCAAUUUGCACACUACACAUGGGUCUUAGCUGUCUCGUGUUUUUGCAGGAGAACUGUAAACAUCUGGGACUGAGAAAACUAAAAGUCAUAGUCAUUUGUUCUUUGGUUAAUGAAAAAUCUUCAGGAAAAAGGAAGUGCAGUAUGACUAAUGUUUUAGCUACAUCCUGCUAACAGUGCUAUUAGUGAGGGAAUGUUGUGAAAUUCUGGGAAUGAGACAUUUCUUCACCAAUGUGUUCAUGAAGGUCUGAUAACACAUGAAAAAGAUGUAAAUCUACUCCUGUAGAAACAUUUGUGUGAGCUGCUUUAAAGUUGGAGUAGCUGCAACCUUAAUGCUGAAAACUUAUUAACACUUACCUUUGCCUUUUGAGGGGUCGAAAUACAGGUUUUUUUUUCAGUAUUCUGAGGCCCGGUUCACACUUAGGAAGGUAUUUUUGAAAACUGAUGUUUGUAUUGCAUUUUGACUUUCUAUACACAUGCAAUAACAUUUUGGGUCACCGAAAAUCAGAGGUGGAAAAUGUACAAGACUCUUGUACUCAAGUAAAAGUACAGUUACUUUGGUUAAAAUGAGGGAUCCACAGAUACCCAUACCACUAUCGGGUAUUGGUGCCGAUAACAGACCUAAGUGCUCGUUCUCAUAAAAUAUUGAUCCAUCAUUUUAAAGCAUUAAGUUAGCCUCUCAUUAUGUGAGUAUGUAGUCAAAGAUGGAGCCAUGUCUGCAGUUUGGUGACAUUUUAACAGAAACAACAAUCACAAAAGCAGAGAAGAAUGAAAAAAUGAUGGAAACUGUCAGAAUAAUAAGAGCAAUUAUGGUAUUGCAAAGUACUCAUUUUUGUACUCAGUAUUGGUGAAUAUUCAAAUAUAAACCCUUGUGCUAAUACUUGGUCUAGGAAAAUGUGAUAUUGGCGCCUCAAUCUAUCUUAUCCCGUUCGGGGGUGUCGGGGGCUGGCGCCUAUCCCAGCUGUCAUUGGGUGAGAGGCAGGGUACAUCCUGGACUCAUCGCCAGUCAUUUGCAGGGCUGGUAUUGGUGCAUCCCUAGUUAAAAUAUAUUUGAGUAGAAGUAAAAUUACAGGUCAAUAAAUCUAUUCAAAUAAAAGUAAAAAGUGUUUAAUUUAAAGUUUACUUAAAAGUACUGAGUAGCUACAGAGAAAUAUUAGAGUAGAAUAUGUUAUUUCAUUAUUGGCAGUAACAACAUAAGCAUAUGAAUCUCCAACCAGGGUGUUCAGGUAAAGUGACACCUGAGAGCACCUGAUCAUCAUGUGAAGUCAAAGCCAAACAGCUAGCCAAUUUCACAUGUUGUUGGCAGAAAGCUACAGCCUCCUCAUUUUGAUGCUUUUUAAAUACAAGUACAAUUAUUUCCCAGAAAAACAUACUGAAGUAUACGUAAAAUGACUGAUUUUAAAAUGUACUCAAAAAUACAAGUACCCUAAAAUUACUCAAAUAAAGUAAUUUGAGUAAAUGUCAUUAGUUACUUUCCACCCCUGCUGAAAAUUCCCUUUUUUUUUUAAACUUCCAGGGUGCCAAUUUUUAGAAACUCUGCUCACAUCAUUUGUGUAGUUUUUUGUUCUGUUUAACUUUAUUUAACAAGGAAAACCUGAGAUUAAUUUUCUCUUUUUCAAAAGUGUCCUGGACAAGACAUGCAGUAUCAUUAUUAACAAAGUUACAGCCAGAGAAUGAACAGCCAUACAUGCAAGCACAACAACACACUAGAAAACAUUAAAUAACAAAAUAGGCAAAUAUUUUCCAAAUAUGUGUUAUGAGACACCUUUAUGACCACAUUUGUGAAGAAAAACAAGAAAUGUAUUCCCAGACUCGUCAAAUAUCAGAUAAUAUUCAAUGACUGUCUGUUUGAUUAGGGCAUAAUGCUGUUAUAGUCAUUUUAUACAAAACUUAAACCUGAUCAGUUUUAGCUUCAAAAAAUUAGAAAGUCAUAACAAAUUAAAAAAGCCUUAGGCUAAGUUAGGUAAACCAAUGUGAUGUACAGUGCUUAACAAAUUUAUUAGACCACCACCCAAAGUAAGGUUUAUGCCACAGCUGCCCCAAAUUAACAGCAUUGGUAAUUACCAAAAUCAUUUUUUAUGUUUCUGCAAUGGUUAA